AUGCAAAUGAUUGACAACUUACACGAGAAGAGAAAGUACAGGGGACUAAAAGCCGAAGCACAGGAUCAAGAAGCAUGGAAGCAGAAGUUUGGAAACGCAAAUACACGAAAAAGGGAGGGGGAUGGUGGUGAUAGACAAAGAAAAAUGGAAAUUGGAGCUGCUGGUGACCGCGUUUAUGCGGCUGAGAAGAUUUUGAAGAAACGAACUAGAAGGGGUAAAGCAGAGUAUUUGGUCAAAUGGCAAGGCUGGGGCCAGAAGCAUUCCACAUGGGAACCAGAGGAGAACAUCCUGGACAACCGUCUUAUCCACAUGUACCACGAGCAGACGCAGAGUCUGAAAGAUGGAGCUGGUAGUGGCAAAGAGUCCUCCACAACCAGCACUCCUUCUGGAGCCAAGGAUGGUGCGUCUGGUGCAGGAGGUUUGGUGAAAGAAGGAGCUAAACGUGGUCCUAAGAGGAAAGAGAAUCGGGAUAAGGAACAUAGUAAAGUUCACAACCACCAGCGCCAUGAGUUGAACCCCGACCCGCCAAAGUCCUUAUCUACCCCUGACGAUGACCUGGGCAACGACUCCGACUCCAGCGAGGAUCGUCCAAUCCUUCAGGCAGUCUCCGAUCAUCAUCAUCAGGCCAAGAAACGAAAAGUGGAAGUCCUUAAGGAAUCAGGAAAGAUUGGAAUCACGAUCACCACCAGUAGUGCUAAUAACAAUGUUUCUAGUAAUGAUAAGAGUUCGUCCAAACAUGGUGCAGGAGAGUUUGGUAGUAAAAGUGUUAGUGAUGUUAGUGAUGUUAAUAAGAACAAAAGUGGGAGCGGAGAUGCUGUUGCACCAGCGACGCCUAGUUUGUAUAAUGGAAAGAAGAUUGGACAGGAGGCUGAUGUGCCACCAGUUGAUAGCAACGGUACCACAAAGAAAAUCCUAACCCCCUCAAUGAACCUGAACCUCAACAACAACAAUAACAAUAAUAACAACAACCUCGAUGACGGUAUUUUAAAACCGACCAACCAGAAUCAACAGGUUCUGAGUUGUGGAGCGAAGUUGAACCGAUUCGGCCCUGGCAGGCCCUUGACUCCUGCAGAAUUCUGGUUGACGAGGACUCCUGUUGCUGACCAAGUUUUCAUCACAGACGUGACGGUCAACAUGGGAGGACAGCAGUCCACCGUCACGAUCAGGGAGUGCAAGACGGAAAUCGGAUUUUUUAGAGAUAGGAAGAUGUAAGAUAAAGGAUAGUCAGGAGUGAAAGCCAUUGGUAUUGUAGGUGGA